AUGGCAGCCUCCCAGCUGGCGGCGCUGGAAGGAAUGGAGUCGAGGACCAGGGAGCUGCCCCUGAGUGAGGGCAGCCCCAGCUGCCUGUAUUCCGAGGGCCAGCGGCUGGCCCUGGAGGCGCUGCUGAGCGAUGGCACAGAGGCCUUCCAGGCGUGCAUGCAGCGUGAGGGGCUGCGGCCCUUCCUGAGCAGCGAGGAGCUCCAUGACCUGGCAGUGGCAGCUGAAGACUGGGCAACAACUAAGCAGGAGCCCAGCAGGGCAGCCGAGGGAGCCAGGACCACCUCCACCGAGGGGGACUUGGACAGCCUGACUUACUGGCCUGGACAGUCAGACGAAACGGUGCCCAUGCUGCGGCUGGGCUGGCCAGACGAUUCUGCCUGGAAGGGGAUCACCCGAGCACAGCUGUUCACACAGCCCCCCGGCGAGGGCCAUCCACCCCUCAAGGACCUGGUGCGUCAGGAAAUCCACGCUGCCCACAAGCUGGUGGCAGUGGUCAUGGACAUCUUCACUGACCCAGACCUGCUUUUGGACCUGGUGGAUGCCGCCACUCGCCGCUGGGUGCCCGUCUAUCUGCUCCUGGACCGCCUGAAGCUGCCUGCCUUCCUGACACUGGCCCAGCAGCUGGGGGUGAACCCCUGGGCCACUGAGAACCUGGAUAUCCGCGUGGUGCGGGGCUGCAGUUUCCAGAGCCGCCGGUGCCGCCAGGUGAGUGGCAGCGUGCGGGAGAAGUUUGUGCUGCUGGAUGGAGACAGAGUCAUCUCGGGAUCCUACAGUUUCACCUGGAGCGACUCCCGCCUACACCGCGGCCUGGUCACCCUGCUGACUGGGGAGAUCGCUGACGCUUUCAGUCAUGAGUUCCGGGCACUGUACGCGGCCUCCCGGCCACUUCCUCCGGCGCCGACCCCAGGCCCCUUCGUCGGCCCUGGGGGGCUGCGGCUGGCCCACAGCCCACACCGCGUGGUCCACCGCCGCUCUGUGGCCCCUGUGUCGCCACCACCACUGCCUGACACCUCACUGGCCCAGCGCUUGGCCGCCUGCAGAGUGGAGGGGAACAGGCAGGAGACUCGGGCCACCCCAUGCCCCGCGCUCAGUGACAUCCUGAGGAAUGUGCAGCGUACCCGGACCACCAGCGGUCCCCCUGCCCGGCCCAGCCGAUCCCUGUGGGACCUGAGCCGCCUGUCCCAGGGGUCGGGCUCCAGUGAUGGUGACAACAAUGAGCUCAAGAAGUCCUGGGGCUCCAAGGACACCCCAGCCAAGGCCUUGAUGAGGCAACGGGGCACUGGAGGGGGCCCCUGGGGUGAGGCCGACUCCCGUCCACUGUCCUGGGGCGGCCUGCACCCCCUGACACCUACCGGCCGCCGCCUCUAUCUGCCGUCCACCCGAAGGAGGUUUGGGGAAGAUGCUGUGUUCCAGCGCUCAGAACCCAGGGGCAUUCAGCAUCUGGACUGGACACCUCGGGCAGGACCUAGGGGGCAACCUUGACCAGCCCCCCAGUGAGGAUUCCAGGAUAACCCAAGUGCGAAGCUCCCUACCUUGCUCUUGUGCCUUGGCCAAGGUUUCUGAACUCAGGGUGGGGGGAAACAAGGGAUUUUCCCUACUUGACCUAGAACUUGGGACAAUCCACUGCAGACCUCAGGGUACUGCGAGGAGCAGGGCCCAUCUUGGUCAAGCCUGCUCAAAGCUUUUCUGCUGGCCCACCUGGCUGAGUGGACCUCUGCUGGGAGUAUAUAUGGGGAGUCCUUCAGACAAAAGGGGAGACUUCUGCACCCACAUGCUGGGGAGCUGUGGGUAAACUGAGCUUGGCCAGAGAGAGACCCCGAACAUGUUGGGAGGGCUGAAUAAUGAGGGACUGGAAAUGUGGGGGGACGUGCUCAGGGCCACAGAGAGCCCAGUUGGGUGAUCUGUUGUUACUUCUGCUCAGAAUUAAGCAGCUUCAUGCCAGCAACUUGCUUUCCACAGCCUAAAGCCACAGGACACUCAGGGGUCCAGGACCCCCCAGGCUACCCUCCCCAAGAACCCAGGAGUUGGGGCACAGCCCUCCUGGCAUGGGGGAGCCAGGUGCCCCGUGCUGGCCUCCCAGCAGCACCUUUGCCUCUGGGCAGGGCUUCUGAGUCACCGACCCCCUCGGCGAGCCGGAUGGGGAAGCCGACCUCGCC